AUGGCUUCACCAGCUACAGACUUGACUCCUGUAGUCAUUAUCCUGUGUCUGAAGCAGGACUACAGAACACUGCGAAGCCAUGGUGACCAUGGGAACCAAGGCGGGAGGAGAGCGCAAAUUGACGAUGAUGUCAUAGCCCUGCACCUGUCGCUCUGCUCAGAUGCUGUAGGGAAUGGGAAAGGGGCUGCCCACUGUAUGACCUUUAACACGCCUAUUGACAGACAUGAGCACGUUUCUCAGAGCACCACCAGCUCACGACAAUGUGAAGCUGUCAUGUCCACCGGUUCAGCGAGUGAUGCUGAGGACACCCAGGAAAUAUCCUGUCAACCUUUGGAAGUUCACCGCGGACGUUCGAUGCGCGACACGACACCAAACGUCCACUUAAACUCGGGCGAAAAUUCAGAGGAUGAGUUCAGCGCUGAUGACGGUUUCGAGGGAAAGAGCAAACGGUUGCGAACUGAUUCCCACAAUAGACAUCAACUGAAGAGUCACAAGGAUGGACGCCAAUCACAGCGAAACGCAGCUAACGCGAGAGAAAGGGCGCGGAUGCGAGUUCUAAGCAAAGCUUUCUCUAGACUGAAAACGAGUCUUCCGUGGGUUCCAGCGGAUACUAAACUGUCGAAACUGGACACGCUUCGACUCGCCUCUAGCUACAUUUCGCAUCUCAGACAGCUGCUACAAGACGACAGACUCGAAAACAAUUUUGUACAUCCUGUGAACUUGACAUGGCCUUUUGUGGUCUCAGGCAGAGCAGAGGACCCCAAAGAGAUUGCAGCUGCAGCCAGGCUUUGUGGAGCUACAGCAUAG